AUGAUCUUUAUCCAAUUUUACUUCAUUUUAUUAAUUGUUUACGUCGUUAAUUCAACAUCUAUUACAAAUUAUCCAGUUGUUAAUAUAAAAGAGAAUGCACCAGUGGAUACACUCGUUAUUCAAUUACCAGUUGAUCAAAAUAAAAUUAUGUUAUUAAAUAUGUCCGGUUUUGAAUUAAAUUAUCUUACAUUAAAUAAAUCGGAUAAUAGUAUAAGAAUAAAGAAAUUAAUUGAUCGAGAACAGUUUGUUAAUGAUCACUAUUGUGAUAAACAACAAUGUCUUGUAGAACUACAUUUGUUAGUACAAGACGGAUUAAAGUAUUGGGUUAUUCCUCUGCAUAUUCUCGAUGUUAAUGAUUGUGAACCAAAAUUUGCCAAGGAUGAAUUACAUUUAGUAUUUCGAGAAAAUGUACCGGUUGGUUAUAAAAUUCCAUUUCAAGGUGCCAUUGAUUAUGAUGAAGGUGUCAAUGGACAAAUACGCUAUAUACUUGAUUGUAGUAAUACAUUUGAAAAACGUCAAUGGAAUCAUUAUUCAUACAAAUUACCAGUAUCAAUAGAUUGUAAAAUGUUUGAAUUAGUAAUAUUAGCACAAACAUCGAUUACCUAUGAUCAAUUGGCGUUAAAAUUUAUUGGCGAUAAUAUUGAUAGAGAACAACAAAGUGAAUAUAUUUUAAUGUUAUACGCUGUGGAUAAUGGACAAGAAGUACAGUUACAGAGUUCAAUGAAAUUAUUUAUUAAAAUUGACGAUGUUAAUGAUAGUGCACCGAUAUUCACUCAAAAAUAUUAUGAAUUUAUAUAUAUAUCAACCACACAAAAUCGAUCGUUACCUCAACCAGGUCUAAUAUUUGGAAGAGUUUUGGCACAUGACAACGAUGAAGGAAUUAAUGGAAUUGUACGAUAUUCAAUUAUUGGACCAUCUUAUGGUGUACAAAUUGGUUUAUUCACUGGUGAACUAAUAGCAUCAUCAAACGUUACAAUUUCGGACGAUAACGAUAUUCAAUUAACAAUUGAAGCGUCGAAUAACGAACAAUCAUCUUCGUCAUCGACACUACGAAGCCAAACUCAAGCAAAAAUCAAUUUUCGUGAUCAGUCAAAGAUGAAACCUGACGUUAAUGUUGAAAUAUUAGCAUCGGAUAGUGAAAUGCUACAAGUAAAUAAUUUAUCACCCAUAACAUUUAUUGUUCAUAAACUAGUAUUUAUCGGUCAACCAUUGUUAAAAUUAACAAUUCGUAAUCAAUUUUAUUUAAAUGAUACGUUUACAUUAUCUCUUGAUACGCAUACAACUACAUUUCAAUUCACAUCCGUUGUAAAAACAAAUCAAUAUAUUUUGAAAACACGUCAAUUAUUAACGAACAAAGUUUAUUCUUUAACAAUUGGUGUUAAACAUACACUAUCACAACAAUGGUUAACAAAUCUUGAAAUAAAACUCAUUUUAACAAAUGAUAAUGAUUGGAGUCCAAAAUUUGAAUCAAACAUGUACAAUAUAACAACAAUUCGAUCACAUCAUCUUCCACGUAUACACGCAACAAAUUUUUAUCCAUUAGUAAUACCAAUUGUUUAUGAAAUUGAACAAAAUUCCUAUAUAACUAUUGAUAAACAAAAUGGAUUUUUGCAUUUUAUAAAUACACCAUCCACCAGUCAACAGUUAUCUAUUUAUGCUUUGAGUCCACGUAUUAAUUCAUCAACACUAUUGAAUAUCGAGUAUAUUUCACCACCAACUCCAUUUUGUAGUAAAAAUACAACAUUUACAAUUCGAGAUGAUGCACCUGUUGGAACAGUUAUUGGAACAUUAGAAGUUAUCGAUGAUAAUAUAGAUAAAAACUAUUCUAUUUCACAAGUAAAUUCGUUUAUUGUUGAAAUUAAUUCAAAAAAUGGUACAUUAUUGCUAAAAUCGCCUAUUGAUUAUCAAACAAAACAAAAUCAAUAUAUACUAAAUGUCACUAUUGAUAUUGGUGAAAAACAGAAUAUGACGUGUACAGUGAAAUUAAACAUUACAAAUGAUAUUGAUAAUAAUUUACCACGUUUACUGAGACAUCGUUCAAAUGACAAUGAUACCCAAUCAGAAUUAUUUGAUUUUACAACUACUACCAUUCCUUCUUCUAGUAAUAAACCUGAUUUUCUUGUUCAAAUCGAUGAACAAUUAUCAAAUGUAUCAAAAUAUCGUAUUGGAUUAAAAUUAUGUGAUCAAAACAGUCCAUCAUUAUGUUCAAAUGUUAGUGUUCUCGUUAUUGUAAGUGACAUUAAACCAAAUUUAUUUAUAGAUCAACAUCAAAUGUCUCUUCAAUAUGAACGGCGCUCGUGGCUACCUGUGAGACCCAUUGAAUUAGCAUUAUUUGCCUUAUCAUUUUUGUUUAUUAUCGGUACAUUAGUGUUAACUCUUAUUAUUUGUCGUUUGAAAGGAAUUCGAAUGUGUUUAGCAACAAAAAAUUAUUUAUUAUAUGGAAAAAAAUAUGGUUUAAGUGAUGCACAUUUGAAUACAAAAAAUAAUUCAACAAAAAUGAUGGGACACGCACAAACCAUUAUUGUCAGAGAAGAACAUCCCAAUGAUAAACGAUCUAUUCGUGAAACAGCAGACGAAUAUAUGCAUUAUAUUCAAACGAGAGAUAUUGAUCGUGAUCAUAUGUUUGAAACAUUGUCAAACGGUACAAAUGAUGAAAAUAUUUUACGUCACCAAUGGCAACGUUCUCUAUGUCUGGAUGCUUAUCAUCCAUCAAAAGAAAUGUUUUCGAGUAAAGAUAUUUUAUUCAAUAUUGAUCUGUUUGAAGAACAAUUGAAUCAUCCCACUCCAAAUAGUAACAAUAAUAAUCUCUACCAUUUAUCAUCAUCUCACUCAAUUGGAAUUACUGACGAACAAAUAUUGAAUAAAAAUGGUUCAUUUCUCAAAGAAACAAAGCAAUUAUUAACGAAUAAAACUGAAUUAUUGCCAAAUAUUGUACAUUGCACAACGAAUAGUCCAACAGAUACAUUAAGAUUAGCAUCAGAAGUGUGA